ACCUUGCAAAUUGCAAUUCUUCAUUGAGCCCCAAAAACCAAACCCAAUAAAAUAAUAAAUAAAUAAAUAAAACUCCCUUUUCCUUCCGUUUCCCUUUCCACUUCCCCAACUUUCUUUCUCUCUCUCCAUCUAAUCUAAAUCCAACUUCGCUUUUUCAAAUUCCCACUCCCAAAAAAAAAAAAUCUGUUCUUCGUGAUCUUCCUGAAAAAUGUCUAGCAAAUCCCCUGUUUUCCCCUUCCCCGAGCCCCAGCACUUCAGCGACUACGGCUUCGACCCCCAAAUCGACUAUUUUCAGGUUUUGGAAGAGGCUCGGAAGCACAAACGCGAGUCUUCAAGAUCCAUAGACUCCAUUCAUUUCAAGCUCCAAAAGCCCAUUUCCAAAGACGAAACCAGUAAGAACAAGAAGAAGAAGAAGCAGCGGUGGUGGAAAAACGCUCUCCUCUUCUUCAAAUGGAACCGGAUCCAACAAACCCUCCGAAACGACGCCGUUUCCGAGGACGUUCACCGGGCCAGAGCCAGAGCCUUCCGCGCCUCCGUCUCCGGUCCGGUUUACAUUACCGAGAGCCAGAGCGGGUCCAGCACGCCGUACCGGUCCACCACCCGCCCCUCCUCCGGCCCGCUCGCCGGAAUCCCUUACCUCAGCCUCCGGGAACUCAACAUGGAGCAGCAGCAAUACAGAAUGUCCACGUCAGCGCCCAUGCCCAUUUACUUGGUCACCUGAAAAAAAAAAUAAUAGAUAAUAAAAAUGAUUAAAGUUAUUGGGUAUUAGAUUAGUGAAGAGAAAGUUGUGUGUAAAGGGGGAGGUGGAUGGGUUGUCAUUGGCUGCCUUUUUUUUUCUUUUUUAAUUUUUAACUGAAAAGCUGUGUUUGAUCCAUCGGGAAAAGGAUGGGAUCUUUCUUUUUGAUCCGCCUUUAUUGAUUUCCGCGAUCUACCUGAAAUCAUAUUUCCUUCUUUUUUUUUUUUUUUAAU